CGUGGAUGGGCGUGGUCAGGGCGGGCGCGGGGCGCACCGGAGCCAGCGGAGCGCAGCGGAGCGGCCGCCGCCGCCGCCACCCCCGAGUCGUCCCCCCCCCGCCGCCGCCCUGCUCCCCCCCCACCGGCACCAUUCCCACCCCCGGGCGGCAGCGCGCCCCGGCCGGGCGGCGGCUCAGCCUGGGCCGGAAAACUUUGCUGGCGGCCGCGGCGGGGGUGGUGAUGGUGCUGGUGCUGGUGGUGCUCAUCCCGGUGCUGGUGAGCUCCGCCGGUACCGAUGGCCGGUACGAGAUGCUGGGGACCUGCCGGAUGGUCUGCGAGCCCUACGGCCCCGCUGCCCCGCCGCAACCAGCCGAACGCGGCCCCAUCCCGCCGCCCUCCACCCUGGUGCAGGGUCCCCAAGGCAAACCAGGGCGACCGGGAAAACCAGGACCACCGGGACCGCCGGGAGAACCAGGACCGCCAGGACCGGCGGGGGCGCGGGGUGAAGCGGGACGACCGGGACCCCCGGGAUUACCGGGACCAGGGGCUACAGGUGCGGUGAGUGCAGCUACCUAUAGCACGGUGCCACGCGUCGCCUUCUACGCCGGCCUCAAGAACCCCCAUGAGGGCUACGAGGUCCUCAAGUUCGACGACGUGGUCACCAACCUGGGCAACAGCUACGACGCCAGCUCGGGCAAGUUCACCUGCGCCAUCCCCGGCACCUACUUCUUCACCUACCACGUCCUCAUGCGCGGCGGCGAUGGCACCAGCAUGUGGGCCGACCUCUGCAAGAAUGGUCAGGUGCGGGCCAGCGCCAUCGCGCAGGAUGCCGACCAGAACUAUGACUACGCCAGCAACAGCGUCAUCCUGCACCUGGAUGCGGGGGAUGAGGUCUUCAUCAAGCUGGACGGAGGCAAAGCCCAUGGUGGCAACAACAACAAGUACAGCACCUUCUCUGGCUUCAUCAUCUACUCGGACUAAGCCUGGACCCACAGCAUCACCCCACAGCCCUCCAGCCCCAUGGCAUCUCCCUGCUGCUGUCCAGCCCCCACAGCAUCCCCCAAUGACUGUCUAGCCCCACGGCAUCCCUCUGCCAUGAUUUGGCCCCAUGGCAUCCCCCCACUGCUGUCCAGCCCUACAGUUUCCCCCUUGCUACUGUCCAGCCCCAUGGCAUCCCUCUGCUGUGGUCCAGCCCCACAGCAUCUCCCCACGGGUGGUCCAGGCCAUCUAUGGCGCCCCGCCCCCCCGCCCCCCCCCCCCCCCCUUCCCCAUUAGCUCACCCCUCAGCUGCUGAUUUCAGGGCUUGGGGGACUGCAGGGAGCUAGGGGCCAGCAAGAAGCUGGGGGACCCCCCCCUGCACUGCCCCCCUGCCCCCCUGUCCCCUGGCUACACACCCCGCUUGGCCCCAUGGCACCCUGCUCUCUGCUGCCUCCCCACACUGGGGUGAUGCUGGGGGCCGGGGGGUCCCUGCCAGCGUGUAUAUAUGUACAGGACGUGCAGAUGUCUGAGCGGGUGCCCCUCUACCCCGUCCCUGUCCAGCCUGUGCUGGGGGCUGCGCUGGGGACGGGGGGAGAUGCCUUGUGCCCGACCCUGGGGCAACUCCAUGGUAAAGCAGAGCUGUGACCUGU